UUGGUUGUCAUUUCGUUCAUUCUUGGACUAGUAUUUUCUAUCCUUGAGAUGAAAGCACUACAAGUAGGGUCUGGCAAUCACAUUUGGGAUAUACCAGCGCCCGACUUCAGGAACUUAUUGAUUCUUUCCAAGUACCAAUUUGUGUUGACAAUAACCUACUCGACAUCGGUCUCCUUUUCGAAGCUAUCCAUCUUAACACUCUAUCUUCGACUAUCCCCCGAAAAGUACUUCCGAAUAUGCGUUUAUGUGUUCAUUGGUAUCGUCACGGCUUAUACAGUUGCAUACCAGUUUUACAUCAUCUUUCAGUGCAGUCCAGUAAACAAAUUCUGGAUGCCGGAGAUUGAAGGGUCAUGUAUUGGAAAGAUGGGUCCAAUGAUGACGUUGAGCAUCGCCAAUAUCAUCAUCGAUAUUAUAAUCUUAUUCAUUCCCGUGAAGGUUAUCCUACCGCUCAAGAUCCCAUUGCGCCAAAAGAUCUCAUUGAUCAUCAUAUUUGCCGCUGGCGGUUUCGUGUGCGCCGCUGCAAUCCAACGAACAAUUCUCAUGCCCCGGUUGCUCACUGCGGUCGAUUACUCAUGGGAAGUCUCUGGCCAAGUCAUCUGGGGCUUCAUUGAAGUGAACGCAGGUAUCAUCUGCGCUUCUGUCCCAGCCCUAAAGCCGUUCUUCAUGCGAUACCUCCCAUUUAUACUUACCUCACGCCUUCUGUCAUCCUCCAGCCAACCGGAAAGUCACAGCACAAAGCUCACCCCCUUUUCCAACACAAAUACCUCUAAAAAACAAAGAUCGAAGAGGAUCAUGGAGUCAUACGAGCUACCUAGUCGUGACGACCUUCCCAAUCAGCGCGGAGAAGAUGAUGAUCAAGCCAAGCUGUGGGCCGCGAAAACAACGAUCAAGAAGAAGGAUGGGAACACUAGUGACGACAAUAGCUUUGAGAGCUUUGAGGAGCAGUAUCUAGGUAGACUAGGAAGGAGAGGUAUGGUAACAAGAGGUGGAAGCUCUGCGCAUAAAGGAGACGGAAUUAGUGUCAUUACGGAAACAAAGGUCUCAUAUGGAGGUUGA